AUGGCGGAGGGGGAAGACGCGGGCUGGUGGCGGAGCUGGCUGCAGCAGAGCUACCAAGCCGUCAAGGAGAAGGCUCGUCUCUACAGCCUCCAGUCAGACCCAGCCACCUACUGCAACGAACCUGAUGGACCUGCUGAGCUCCUUGAGGCCUGGCUCUCUCAGUUUAACCUAGAGGAGAAGAAAGGGGAGAUUGCAGAGCUGCUGGCAACCAGCCCUUCCAUCCGGGCGCUCUACACCAAAAUGUGCCCGGUGGCUGUUUCCCAUUCUGAAUUCUGGCAGCGCUACUUCUAUAAAGUGCAUCGCCUGGAGCAGGAUGAAGCCCGGAGGGAGGCUCUGAAGCAACGAGCAGAGCAGAGCAUUCACCAAGAGGAGCCAGGCUGGGAAGAGGAUGAAGAGGAGUUCUUGGGGAUGUCACCCCUGCCUUGUGCAAACGUGAGAUUUCCAGAAGCAGCAGAGAAAGAAUCUGCCCCUGCAGCCCUGGAGGGAAGGCACCCCACUGCUCACAAGGGACCCUCAGAGGAAAGCUGGGCCGUCCUCCCUCCGGAGCCAGCCCCAGCAGAGGGGAGCCCCUCUGAGAGCAGUGAGAGCAUCUCCCUUGUGACUCAGAUUGCAAACCCUGCCUCUGUGCCUGCCGCGCAGCUACAGACUGGAGCACAGCCGGCCGGGGAUGGAGACCUCUCCCAGAGGCUUCUGGAGGCCACCUCGGAAGAGCAGAGCUCCCUGCCAAAGCCCCCAGAACCUGGUCAUCCUUCUGCACCUGCCCGGGAGUCAGCAGCAUCCUCAGAGCAACCGGCUGGCAGGACAGAGACUCUGAAAGAGGAAGGGCCAACAGAUCUACGAGUCUUUGAGCUGAACUCGGAUAGUGGGAAAUCCACUCCCUCCAACAACGGCAAGAAAGGCUCCAGCACGGAUAUCAGCGAGGACUGGGAAAAGGACUUUGAUUUGGACAUGACUGAAGAGGAGGUGCAGCUGGCGCUCUCGAAGGUGGAAGUGUCUGGGGAGCUGGAAGAUGAAGAGUGGGAAGACUGGGAAUAAAACGACUGCUUCCAGUGUGUGUCACAGGCUCAUUUCCACCAUCGAAUGUGAAUUAAAUCACGGACCGGCUGUUCCUUUGUGUGUAACUGUGCUGGGGAUUGCAGUUCCAGGCUGGAGGAGUUUCAUUCCUGCUAAAUCCUGUGGGCAACUCAAGUGACCCCUUCAGACCUGGAGGAGGAGGAAGCAGGAGUUCACUCGUACACUUAGCUGCUAGGGAGCCCACCUUCUCAGUAGGUCCUAGAGACUGGUCAAGCCAAAACUGACUGCCCCAAAAGUGUCGGGUAGAGGCAGAUGCGAUGCAGUGAGGGGUCCCUGGGGCGAGCUGGGCACUCGGAUGCUUGGCAGGAUUGCUUGGUGCCAGCUGGCUGAUCGUUUGCUUGUGUGUGCACGCGUAAUCUACAGUGCAGCAGUUUAAAGGCUCUUGGAUGCAAGCUGUGCCUGCUCUCUCACCGCUCUGCACUGCUGGCCAGGCCAUCCCUGGAGAAAGCCCCCAUGCAGGGAGUGGCUGGGGGCUGGAGGUGCUGCAGUAGAAGCCCCUUCUGCUGUGCCACUCAUUGCCGCAAAGACAGGCAGUUGGCUUGUGGCUUUGACCCAAAGCUGGGCCAUGCUGGAAGGAGCCAAACUCCCUGCCAAACCCUGAGCUUCUGCUUGGCUUUUUGUCUUGGAAGCUUUUUUUGAUGGAAACUCCUGUUCCCUGCUGCAGGAGCAGCAGCUCCUCUAAGAGCCAAGACCUGCUGCUUCCCCCUUUGCAGCUGCACUGCCUUCCUCUACUGAUUUUUUGUGUACCUCUAGUUAAAUUUCCCAAGCAAAGUACUUGCGGCUUGCUCUUACCUGAGCCCUUCUGGGCGGGCAGGUGUUUAGGUUGCCCUGGGAGCAGAACCCCUCCCUUGCGGUGCCCAGUUCAGUCCUCACAAAGCCCCAGUCUGGCCCAGUGACUGCUUUAACCUCUGCCUUGGCACCAAGGCUCGUCCCUUCCCUCUCCCAGCCUGGGGGGAGGCCGAAGCGCCCAAGCGCGGGUGGUUGGCUGAGGCUGUGUCUGUCCGCUCGUCUGACUCCCCUCGUGUCCCACCCGCACCAGGCCCCACAGCCACCAAGGUCACAAGCUUUGCUGUGCUCACUUGGUUUCUGUCACUUAAGCCCCCUGUGACUGAUUGCAAUGCUUCCUUUGGACCCAGGGCCUCUCUUUUCGGGGCAGUUCCCUUCUAAUAGCACGAGACGCUCCUCAGUGGAUGUUGCUGAUCUACAGUUAUCCUAAAGGG